GAUGGCUACUGGGCAAAUGAUGUUUGUGAUAAGCAACUUGGUUACAUCUGUAAAAAAAAGCCUUCAUCACGAUACUCUGAAAAAGAGAAAAUCGAGGACCCAGGCUGCCAGAAAGGUUGGAAAAGAUAUGGUUUUCACUGUUAUUUGGUGGGCUCUGCACUUUUGACAUUCUCAGAAGCAAAUAAGACAUGUGAACAGAGCAAAGCUUAUCUAGCUACGGUGGAAAGCAGAAAUGAGCAAGCCUUUCUGACUAGUCUGACGGGGCUAAGGUCUGAAAAAUCUUUCUGGAUUGGUCUGUCUGACACAGAAGAACGAGGGAGUUUCAGGUGGACCAGUGGUGAAACUCCUCUCUUCACACACUGGAACACAGUGAUGCCAGGAAAAGAGCAAGGCUGUGUUGCCAUGGGAACUGGAAUUGCAGCUGGCUUAUGGGAUGUUGUCAGCUGUGAGAAGACAGCAAGUUUUCUUUGCAAACAGCAGGCAGCAGGUGUGCCACCUCCUGCUCCUCCAGUACAGGUCCCCAUGGCCACUUGUGCUGAAGGAUGGGAUGGAGCCUCCCAGGCAGAUUCCUGCUUCAAAUUUUUUGUGAGAGAAGGAAACCAAAAGAAGUCUUGGUUUGAGGCUGAAGAAUUCUGUAGAGAAAUAGGAGGAAAUCUGAUCACAAUCAAUACAAAAGAAGAACAAAUUUUAAUAUGGCAAUUAGCAUCGGAUAAAGGACUGCACAAUCAGGCUUUCUGGAUCGGCUUGUUUCUCUUGAAUCCUGAUGAAGGAUUCACCUGGAUUGAUGGUUCCCCUGUAAUUUAUGAGAACUGGGAUGAAGGUGAACCCAACAACCAUGAAAAACUUGAACAUUGUGUUAUGUUUAACAGAUCACCUCAAAUGCGUUGGAACGACUUGCAUUGUGAACAUUUACUUAAUUGGAUUUGUGAAACAAAAAAAGGUACACUGUUAAAACCUGAACCACAAUACAAACUUGAAUAUCAAGUGUCUAGCGAUGGAUGGCUUAUAUAUGAAAAUAAGCAGUACUACUUCAGCAAAGAACAUGUCCAUAUGGAGGAAGCACGGAGAAUUUGUCAGAAGAACUUUGCAGAUCUUGUUGUCAUUGAGAAUGAAAGCAAAAGACAAUUUCUAUGGCAAUAUGUUUACAAAAAUACGGAAUCAUAUUUCAUUGGCUUGGUUGUCAGCUUUGAUCGGCAAUUCAGCUGGCUGGAUAAGACCCCAGUGAACUAUGUUGCCUGGGCUCCAAAUGAACCCAACUUUGCGAAUAAUGAUGAAAACUGUGUGAUAAUGUCAAAAGAUUUUGGCUUUUGGAAAGAUAUAAGCUGUGCUGUGAAAAAUGGCUUCAUCUGUGAAAGGCACAAUUCAAAUUACUCAGGAUUUGCUCCUACUGUACUUCCACCUCUGGGAGGAUGUCCUGAAACUUGGCUUUUGUUUAACAAUAAGUGUUAUAAAAUAUUUGGAUCCAGAGAAGAAGAGAGACUGACUUGGCACUCUGCAAGAAGUGCUUGUAUAGAAUUAGGGGGAAAUUUGGCCUCUAUACACAAUGAACAAGUUCAAGUCUUCUUCACCUUCCACCUAAAGGAUAUUGCCAAUGAAACAUGGAUUGGACUGAAUGAUAUUAACAGUGAGGGUACAUACCUUUGGACAGAUGGAAGCCUUUUUGAUUAUUCAAAGUGGGCAAAGCGAUUCCCAUUUAGAGAUGAAUACAUAGUAGUUGACUGGAAGUAUAUUACAAUACAGACUGACUGUAUUGCAAUGACAAAAAAAUCUGUAGAUGAAGCAGGGUACUGGGAAAACACUGACUGCCAGCAUAACAAAAGCUAUAUUUGCCAGAUGGACAGCAAGCCUGAACUGUUUCAUUCCACAACUGCUCCAGAUUCUGAUUUCAUCCAUUAUGGUAACAGCAGCUAUUUGAUCAUUCCUUCUAAAAUUAAUUGGGAAGAAGCCAGAAAAGCUUGCAAGGAGAAAUCUUCAGAGCUUGCCAGCAUUUUUGAUUAUUACACUAAUAUAUUCCUGUUGCUGCAGGCAGCGCAAUAUGGAGAGCCCUUAUGGAUUGGGCUCAACAGCAAUGUGAGUUAUGGCUAUUACAGAUGGACCGAUAAAAGGAAAAUAAUUUUUUCUAAGUGGUACUAUGGAGAACCAAAACAGCAAAUAGCCUGUGUGUAUCUAGAUCUCAGUGGGACCUGGAAAACAGCACCUUGUAAUGAAAAACAUUUUCCUGUCUGCAAAAAAUCUGAGGAUGUACUUCCUUCUGAUCCCCCACAGGAUAUUGGAAAAUGUCCUGAAUCAGAUCACCUAUCUUGGAUUCCUUUCCGAAGCCACUGCUAUAACUUCAAUGCCAAUGAAAUGAACUGGGCUCAGUCUGUGACUCGGUGCGUUCAAUCAGGUGGUAUGUUGACUUCUGUAGAAGAUCUGGCUGAAUCAAACUUUUUAGUAGAGCAUGCAGACUUAUACACAAGCAAGACAAGUGCCUUCUGGAUAGGAAUAUACAGAAACGUAAAUGGGCAGCUGCUUUGGCAAGACAACAGUCCCUUAGACUUUGUCAACUGGGGUGAAGGACAGCCCUCGGAGGACCAGCUUGAUUACUGCGUGGAGUUGUCUGCGUUCACUGGCUACUGGAGUAUCCUUCCUUGCUCUUCCCAAAAGGGCUUUAUUUGUAAGAAACCAAAGACUAUUCUUAAAGCAGCUGCAAACGUGGAAGAUGCCAAAAAGGACAAAGUACAUGGUCACAUGAAUAUGUGGAUACUAAUUACUCUGGUCCUCAUAAUUUUAUUAGGCGUGGGCUUCAUGAUUUAUUUCUUAUUCAAGAUCAAAACUCAAUGUGAGACUGAAAGAGAAACAAGGCGGCGCAACACACUGCUUCAGUACAGCCGUGUCCUAACAGGAAAGGACGAUGAAAAUGCUUCUACCAGAGACAAAGAAAAAACUGAACACAGCAUUGUCUAA